GGCAGUGACACGGGCAGACACAGGGGCAGUGACAGGGGCAGUGACAGGGGCAGUGACACGGACAGACACACGGACGCGGCUGUAUCCCGUGCGAACACUUGAGCUGAAAGCCGAUUACUGCUCCUCCGCGCGCACUGCGCCCCCUGCUGGACUCCCGCCAUCUCCUGCUCGCACAGCGGGCGCAGCUCUCGGAGCCGUGCUCUGGAUCUGGGUGGGGGAAGGAAGUAAGUUUGGGAGUGGGACCCUGCUCCUCACUACACGUGGGAUGAGAGGGAGCUCUGGAUCUCAGCAGAAGACUUGUGGCUGCCUCUCCACAGAGCAGGACCCGGCGGGCAGCUGCUGGAACACCCGGAUAAUCCCAGCCCGAGUAUUCGGACAACCUCUGCCUGUGGGAUGUGCGCGCUGAGCACCUGCUGAUCCUAGACCAGCACCAUGAUCAGUGCCCUUCUGCCAGCAGCAGAGUGCCCUGCCCGCAGCUGAGACCUGGACUCACCCUGACCCUGCACCCAGGAAUAGCACCAGCCAUGCUGCAUACUGUAUAGACCCAUGUGCACCUUAUAUCGCAGGCAUUCCUCCUCUCACCCCCUGGCACACAUCCUCACUAUCAGCAGGGUGAGUGUAUGAUCUUUGCUGAUACCCACUGGCAUCCAGCUGUCAGGGUCAUUGCCCCAGGGUGCGCCCAGUGUCACUCCCCAGGGGGCGCUUCUGGGGGGAGUAUGCCCUGAAGGUCAGGAUCAUGCAGAAAAGUGUACGGUGCAACGAGGGGCAUGCUUUGUACCUUGCCCUUCUGGCCCGAAAGGAGGGCACUAAAAGGGGCACGCUCAGCAAAAAGGCGACCGAAACCAGCAGGUGGCACGAGAAGUGGUUCGCCCUGUUCCAAAAUGUCCUCUUUUAUUUUGAGUCGGAGCAAAGUGGGAGACCCUCCGGGAUGUACAUGUUGGAAGGAUGCAGCUGUGAAAGGGUCCCACCACCCAUAGUGGCCAGUGGAGGAAAGGAGACCAUGGAGAAACAGCAUUAUUUCACUGUGACCUUUGGCCAUGAAGCUCAGAAGCCAUUGGAGCUGAGAUGUGAGGAGGAGGUUGACCGAGACGAGUGGGUAGAGGCCAUACACCAAGCAAGCUAUUCAGACAUUCUGAUAGAGAGGGAGGUCUUGAUGCAGAAGUACAUUCACUUGGUCCAGAUUGUAGACACAGAAAAAAUUGCAGCUUAUCAACUACGACAACAACUUGAAGAUCAAGACACUGAAAUUGAAAGGCUGAAGUCAGAGAUUGUAGCCCUCAAUAAAACAAAGGAACGGAUGCGUCCUUACCACAUCAGCCAUGAGGACGAAGAUCCGGAUAUCAAGAAAAUAAAAAAGGUUCAAAGUUUCAUGCGUGGCUGGCUUUGUAGAAGGAAAUGGAAGACAAUCGUGCAAGACUAUAUAUGUUCUCCUCAUGCGGAAAGCAUGAGAAAGCGGAAUCAAAUUGUCUUUAAUAUGGUGGAAGCAGAGGCAGAAUAUGUCCAUCAGCUUUAUAUCCUUGUGAACUGUUUCCUCCGGCCCUUGAGGAUGGCUGCAAGCUCCAAGAAACCAUCCAUCAGUCAUGAUGAUGUCAGCAGCAUAUUCCUCAACAGUGAAACCAUCAUGUUUCUCCAUGAAAUCUUUCACCAAGGUCUGAAAGCAAGAAUUACUAAUUGGCCUACUUUAAUUUUAGCCGAUUUGUUUGAUAUUCUGCUGCCUAUGCUGAACAUCUACCAAGAAUUUGUACGAAAUCAUCAGUACAGUCUGCUAGUGCUGGCAAACUGCAAGCAAAACCGCGACUUUGACAAACUCCUCAAGCAAUACGAAGCCAAUCCAGCAUGUGAGGGGAGGAUGCUGGAGACGUUCCUGACAUAUCCAAUGUUCCAGAUACCUCGGUACAUAAUAACUCUCCAUGAGCUUCUGGCCCAUACACCUCAUGAGCACAUAGAGAGGAAAAGUUUAGAGUUUGCUCAGUCUAAGCUGGAGGAUCUUUCAAGGGUAAUGCACGAUGAAGUCAGCGACACAGAAAACAUCCGAAAAAACCUUUCUAUUGAAAGAAUGAUUGUGGAGGGCUGCGAUAUACUACUAGACACAAGCCAAACAUUUGUACGCCAAGGUACUCUCAUCCAGGUCCCGUCUGUAGAGAGAGGGAAGCUAAGCAAGGUUCGCCUGGGGCCUCUGUCUUUGAAAAGAGAAGGGGAAAGGCAAUGCUUUUUAUUCACAAAACACUUCUUAAUAUGCACAAGAAGCUCAGGGGGAAAAUUGCAUUUACUCAAGACAGGUGGGGUCCUUUCUCUGAUGGAAUGUACACUGAUUGAAGAAGCAGAGAUUAGUGAUGAUGACUCAAAGGGGUCUGGAUAUGUGUUUGGCCACCUGGACUUUAAGAUUGUGGUGGAACCUGUAGAUGCUACACCUUUCACCGUGGUUCUGUUGGCUCCAUCACGUCAAGAGAAAGCAGCUUGGACCAGUGAUAUCAGUCAGUGCAUUGAGAAUAUACGAUGCAAUGGUUUAAUGAGCAAUGUGUUUGAGGAGAACUCAAAGGUUACAGUGCCACACAUGAUCAGGUCCGACGCCAGACUGCACAGAGAUGAUAUCGAUAUAUGCUUCAGCAAAACUCUGAACUCCUGCAAGGUUCCUCAGAUCCGCUACGCCAGUGUGGAGCGUCUCCUGGAGAGACUGACUGACUUGCGCUUCCUCAGCAUUGAUUUUCUCAAUACUUUCCUCCAUACCUACAGGAUAUUUACCACCGCGUUUGUAGUGCUGGAAAAACUAGCCGAUAUUUACAAGAGACCUUUCACGUCAAUACCAGUCAGAUCUCUAGAGUUGUUCUUCGCAUCUAGCCAAAACCUAGAUGGGAAGUCACCACAUCUCUGCCGCAAGUUUUCUUCUCCACCUCCAUUGUCCCUUUCUAGAACAUCAUCACCUGUCAGGGCAAGAAAACUGUCUCUAAACUCCCCGUUAAAUUCACGAAUUGGGGCUUUAGAUUUAUCCACCUCAUCCAAUGCAAGCAGCCCAACCUCAGUAUUCAGCCCUGCAACCUCUCCACCACCCACCGCUGGUAAAGUACCUUUAGACCUCAGUAAAGGACCCUCCUCACCGGAACAAAGCCCUGGAUGCAUUGAUGAGAAUUCAGAGAACCCACGCAUUGAUCUGUGUAACAAGCUUCGGAGGAGCAUUCACCGAGCUGCUGUUUUGGAAUCCGUGUCGCUAGAUAGGACCAUUACUGAGAGUAAUGCUUCUACGGACACAGCCGAGAAUUCUCCCUGUCGAUCUCCGUCAUCUCCACGGCAUCUCCGAUACCGUCCGGCAGGAGUGCAGACUUCUGACAACUCUCGCUGUUGCCCUGUCUCUCCUGCCUCAGCUUUUGCCAUUGCUACAGCCGCUGCUGGACAUGGGAGCCCACCAGGCUUCAACAAUAUGGAAAGGAUGUGCGACAAAGAGUUCAUAAUUCGCAGGGCAGCUACAAACCGGGUUUUGAAUGUUCUUCGUCACUGGGUGUCAAAGCAUUCACAGGAUUUUGAAUUGUACCAUGAAGUAAAAAUGAAUGUAAUGAACUUGUUGGAAGAUGUUUUACGUGACCCUGACCUCCUACCCCAAGAAAGGAAAGCAGCAAGCAACAUACUAAGUGCCCUUUCUCAGGAUGAACAAGAUGACUGCCACUUGACAAUGGAGGAGAUCAUUGCCAUGUCGGAAGGUCCCCGAACAGGAUGCUUGGAUACACUGUCAGCAAUGGAGCUGGCAGAGCAAAUCACUCUUUUGGACCACAUAGUGUUUAGGAGCAUACCAUAUCAGGAAUUUCUUGGCCAGCGCUGGAUGAAACCAGAUAAAUGUGGGAGCACACAAUUUAUAAUGAAAACCAGCCAACAUUUCAAUGAUAUGAGUAACCUUGUUGCCUCAGAAAUCAUGAGUCAUCCAGAAAUCACCUCUAGAGCGAGCUCCAUUGAGAAGUGGGUGGUGGUGGCUGAUAUCUGCCGCUGCAUGCACAACUACAAUGGGGUGCUGGAGAUCACCUCAGCCUUGAACAGAAGUGCAAUCUACAGACUGAAAAAAACCUGGGCCAAAGUCUCUAAACAAACUAAAGCACUUAUGGACAAACUUCAGAAGACUGUCUCGUCGGAAGGGAGAUUCAAAAAUCUUAGAGAGACUCUUAAAAACUGUAACCCGCCUUCUGUACCUUACCUGGGGAUGUACCUAACUGACCUAGCUUUCAUUGAAGAGGGCACACCAAACUUCACUGAGGAAGGCCUUGUAAAUUUUUCAAAAAUGCGAAUGAUAUCACAUAUUAUUCGAGAAAUCCGCCAGUUCCAGCAGACCCCAUACCGGAUAGAGCACCAGCCUAAGGUCACUCAGUUCCUCUUGGACAAGUCGCAGAUCUUGGAUGAAGAUACCCUGUAUGAAUUAUCUUUAACAAUUGAACCAAGGCUCCCAGCAUGAAGAGUUUUAACAUGUGUGUCUCGAGGCAACACAGUGCUUUCACGUCACCAACUGAAUUAUGCAUGCCAUGCCUAGCAGAGUGCAGAAGAACCUUCCCUUUCGGUGGAAGCAGUCAGCGCCGCAGGUGCUUUUAGCAAGAAUGAGAGCACUGAAUUAAAACAAGAGUCGUGUCUGGGGGCAUUGUGCUAGUCAGAUAUUAAUACUAUAUAAGAGGAACAACAAUGAAAGGCAAUGCUCGCCUCACCGUGACGGCUUGAAAAACGUCAAAGUUCAAGGUGUUUGAGGACCAAGACGUGAGAUGGCAAAAGGGGUCAAUGGAAUGAGCCAUCUGUAAUGUGCAAAUAGUCAUUAGAACGGAUCCAUAGGGGAGAGUCGUGACUAGUCAAGUGACACUGUCCUUACUGUAGUGUAUUGCGGUAUCAUGCACAAAUAAAAAAGUUAAUUCUUUGCAUGGAAAAGUGUAUUAUCAUGUCGUAAUGAAGAGAUGGUAAGAAGAAUUGGAGCUUCAGUUGCUGUGUUCACAAGCAUGUAUCCUUUAACCUGCAUCUCCAGGAUAGCCAAAUCAUAUUUCUAUCAUUUUCAAGCUUCUUACUUUGUGCACACAAGUGUUCUGAGCAGCCAGCUUUGUCUGAGAUUUAUCAGUCAUUUUACAUCAUGGUUCAAAGUACUGAACAUCUCAGACCAGCUGCAAUCCUUAUAAUUAUUUUUGUAGCUUAUCUACUACUGAUACUUUGGGUAUUGGAGGUAACUGCACUGCCUGGCAAACUUAGAUAUUUAACAGUGUGUGUUGUUUUUUACUCCUUACUUUGAUGACUAUUGAUGCAAUUCUAUAGUUAUUUCCCUUGGGGAUAUCAGACGUGGUUUGCAAUAUAUAUUUUUUUUUGCAGCUGUUGCUUGAAUUUUUUUUAGUGGCUACAUUUAUUUAUAUGUUUUUUCUUUUUGCUUGCUCAAAGAAUGUAUAGCUGAAUAAUUUGUACAGCGCGAAUAGACUCUUAGCCAUUAUUUUUAUGAAGCGUUUUGGAGAAUAUUAUAUCAUUAGUUGAGUGAAGCCGAACGUCAAAAAAUAACGAUGUGUACAUUACAUCUCCAGAUGGCAGAAAAAAUACAAUUAUAAUUGAGAACUUUGUAAAUAUGGUGGCUGUAUUUCAUGUUAUUUUUACUCGUAUGUGGUUAUGCAUUGUAAAUUACAGUUUGAAGACCUCCCACAUUGCAAGAACAACCUUUG